AUAAUGUAUUUGGAGAAUUGAAAUAUGAGAAAAGUAUUUUGUGAUGGUGGAGUAUAAGAAAGCAAUAGAGAGAUUGUUACUAGCAGCCGACAAAAUUAAGAAUGAGGCACAUUCUAUUUCGUGUUCCUCCUCCAACCAACACCUCCCACCUCCCUCUGGCCCCCUUACCCCCAAACUACAAUCCUCUACAUAUACAUAUCUGUAUCUAACUCUUAGUAUUGCUUCAAGAAAAUUUGAUUCACCUUGUAAAUUUCCAAUUUUGGAAGUUGGGUACUUGGAUUCUUUAAGUUCUUUUUUCUUGUUUGAAUUGGGGUUAGCUCCAUGUGGGAUUCUUGAAUUUUGAUUUGAUGAAUUUCCUUCCAAGAUGUUUGAGUUACAGUAAAUGUAGUGGUGGAGCUGGAAGAAGUGAAAUUAGGGGUGGUGAAAGUUCCAAUGGUGGAUUUGGGAAAGAUGGGUUGUUGUGGUUUCAUGAUAUUGGGAAUUGUGGGAGUGGGGAAUAUUCCAUGGCAAUUGUGCAAGCUAAUCAGGUUUUAGAGGAUCAGAGCCAGAUUGAGUCUGGUCCAUUUGGAACUUUUGUUGGAGUCUAUGAUGGUCAUGGUGGACCUGAAACUGCUCGUUAUGUUUGUGAUCACUUAUUUCGACAUUUCCAAGCAAUAUCAGCUGAAGGAAAUGGUGUAGUCACAGAGGAGACAAUUCAAAGGGCCUUUCUUGAGACAGAGAGAGGGUUUACUUCUGUUGUUUCGGAAAAUUGGCAUUCUCGACCACAGCUAGCGACAGUGGGGGGAUGCUGCCUGGUUGGAGCUAUAUAUCAGCAGACACUCUUUGUAGCAAAUCUUGGUGACUCUCGAGUAGUCCUUGGAAAGAAGGUUGGAAACACUGGGGAAAUUGCUGCCAUACAGCUAUCAACGGAGCAUAAUGCCAAUAUUGAGUCUGUUAGGUGGGAGCUAAAAGACUUACAUCCAAAUGAUCCUCAAAUUGUUGUUCUUAGACAUGGUGUUUGGAGGGUAAAAGGAAUAAUUCAGGUCUCAAGAUCCAUUGGUGAUGUUUAUCUUAAACACACAAGGUUUUGCAGGGAACCAAUAAAUGGAAAAUUCAGAGUUCCUCCACCCCUUAAUAUGCCUAUCCUGUUGGCCACUCCAACAAUUUUAAAACAUCCUCUACAUCCAAAUGACUCCUUCCUCAUAUUUGCUUCUGAUGGUCUAUGGGAGCACUUGAGCAAUGAAAAGGCCGUUGAAAUUGUGAAGAGUCACCCUCGUAAAGGAAGUGCAAAGAGGCUUGUCAAGGCUGCUCUCCAUGUAGCUGCCAAAAAAAGAGAGAUGCGAUAUUCUGAUCUUCGAAACAUUGACAAAAAGAGAAUAUGGUUUCAAUUCUUUGAAAUGGCAAUGGAGGCUAGGCAUACGCCGUUGGUUUCAAGAACUUGGAGAUGGGGGUCAUUUUCUUAUUUUGCAAGGAAGUUUCCUGCCAAAAGCACCAUUUGGAGGUUGGCAGGCAAGGGCAGAUCCAGGAAGUGCCUUGAGUUUAACUAGCUGGAGGAGCAAUGGCCAACUGCACCUGACUCUCUUGAAGCAGUAGGUUAGGUUCACUUCUCUUAAUAAUAUACUGAUUCUAAUAGAUUUUCAUAUAUAUAUGCAAGGUCGGAGCUGCAAGCAAUCUGACCUGCUACAUAUACACUAUAUUCGGCCCUGUUGACAUGCAUCCUUUUCUUUUGCUUACAGCAUUUUCUGCUCUCUUAAUUUAUAAUCAUUGUUUUCCCGAUUUGGAUGGCUAACAGUAACAAUGGGGAGUAUUAAUUAUAGAAUAAACUUCUCUUGACUAGCUAUAUACCAAAUCUGUGAGAUUGAAUGAAGACGAAAACCGAAAGUGCAAUUUUCUAUAUACAACAGACUUACAAAUUCAAUGUUACAGUUUACUAGUUUUGUGAAAAUUGAAUGCAACUAAUUUGCAUGGGUCCUCUAACAAAAAAUAACAAAAAACUGUAAAAGCCAAUGAUGGUACAGAAACCUUCACAUGUAGAACAAACAAAUCUCUUGAAAAGAUGGAACUCAGCGAUGUAUCAGCAAAGGCAAAUAACAGAACAUGAAGACAAUAACUCACAAGAAAGAAUCUGCAAGAACACGAGAAAAUCACUUAUGAGUGAAGGAGAUGCAUCUU